AUGUCAGAUUCUAAACCUCCUGCGCAGCCAAGUCUGCCAUGGCGCAUUGCCUCAGCGACUGUCAUGGGCUCAGUUGGCGCAUUCGCAAGAGUAUUUAUGAACGGUUUUAAUACCCUCGAGGUCACAGGCCUACAAGGGCUUCUCGGGGUUCUUGACCGUAGGAAAAGGGAAGGGCGUGAGCGCGGGCUGCUCACAGUGUGCAAUCAUGUAGCAGUACUUGACGAUCCUCUUAUUUGGGGCAUGCUACCAAUGCGAUUAUGGUACUCUCCCUAUGGUGGUCUAUACCAGCCAACCAUGACACAAGCCAUCAAGCUGCUGUCGGGCCCAUCACCAGCUUCAUGGUCUACAGCCUCUGACUCUCCUCUCUCUGCAACCCCUGCUUCGACAAGACCUCCUCCGGUUCCCCAACCACUCUUCUUCUCCACAAACGGUGUCGAUCAAUUUACAGCACCGUCUGCCUACUCAGCCUAUCGAAAUGCCUGGGUUCACGUAUUUCCAGAAGCUUGUUGUCACCAAAGUCCGGAAAGCGGAUUGCGCUACUUCAAGUGGGGUGUAUCUCGCCUGAUCCUCGAAUCUGACCCGGCUCCAGAGUUCAUCCCCAUGUUCGUCCAUGGUACCCAGCACAUUAUGGCCGAGGAUAGAGGAUGGCCCAGAUGGGCGCCUCGUGUUGGAAAGACGGUCAAAAUAGUGAUAGGCGAGCCGACCGACGUUGAUCAGCUCUUCGGUCUGCAGCGGGCAGCAUGGCGCAAGCUUGUUGCCAAAGGUGACCCAGAACUACUCCGAAAUAGCCCAGAGGCUACGGAGUUAAGAAUAUCAGUGGCCAGGAGAGUAAGAGACGAGGUCGAGAAACUGAGAGAACGCGCAGGCUUCCCUGCAGAAAAGGACGAAACACCAGCUCUCGCGGAAACAUGGGCCAAAGAUCCUCUCCGCACAAAAUUUAAGAGCCCAGUCGAUGGCAGUCUUGUCAACAGACACGGGCCAAAGGAACACCCAUGA